UGGGCUUUCGUUUUCCUGGGUUAUGAUGUACGCCCUAUAAAUACGAAAGCAAGAGAUUAGGGUUUACUGGAGAGAGAAACCCAGCUGUGUUCGGAAGGUAACGGAUCAGAGGCCGCUUCCACUUCUAGGUAAGCAGAGUAGAAGAAAAUGGCUUACGCAGCGAUGAAGCCUACCAAGCCUGGGUUGGAGGAAUCCCAAGAGCAAAUUCAUAAGAUCAGGAUUACACUCUCUUCUAAGAACGUCAAAAAUCUCGAAAAAGUGUGUGCGGAUUUGGUUCGCGGUGCCAAGGACAAGCGGCUGAGGGUUAAGGGACCAGUAAGGAUGCCCACUAAGGUUCUUCACAUCACCACCAGAAAGUCUCCUUGCGGUGAAGGGACAAACACAUGGGAUCGCUUUGAACUCCGUGUUCACAAGCGAGUGAUUGACCUGUUCAGCUCACCAGAUGUUGUCAAGCAGAUCACUUCUAUUACCAUUGAACCUGGUGUGGAAGUUGAAGUCACCAUUGCAGAUUCUUAAAAGUUAAAUCUUCCCCUUUUCGAAUUUUGGCUUAGAACAUGUGUUUUUCAAGCCUUUAGGCUUUGAAUGGUAAUUGUAGGGAUUUUAUUUCAGGUUAAUUUAUCUUUCUUGAAGUGAGGUUUGAACAUUUUACUGUUAUACUUCGUCUUGGAUAUUGUAAAAGAGUGUGAAGUAGCAAUAUUAUUUGUGGAGUUAUUGGUAAUCGAA